AUUUUACUCAUUACUGAGGGAAGAUGUGGAGGAAAGGAAGAAGUGAGGACGACGAUUUCCGGCCCUCAGACCUGCAGGAACCACCUGUAGCUGAUCCAUGCUGCUCCGGUUCACUGAACAAGGUUCUUUGUUGGUAAUCAACCCUGAGAGGGGAACAAAGGCCAGAAGGUGAUGUUCCAGAGGUCAGGAAGCUGUUCCAGAAAAAGACAUCUACUGUAAAUCCCCAUGUAGCCUCCUUUAUAAAAAGACUGAUGGACUCUGAGUGGGACUUCAUGUAAACCCACAGCACCUCUCCACACAGAUCCUCACUUUCACAAAGCAAAAGCCCAGUCUGCAACCAGAUGUUCAUGUUGUCAUUCUAAGGGUCAGUGAAGCAUCCAAGAUGGCCUCUCCCCAGCAGUGUUUUCUGGUUCCUCCUGGGGGAUCCCAAGAUGUUCCAACACCAGAUGAGAUGUAUAAUCCCUCCACGGAAUUAUGGGUCUACCCCAAGGUCUCUUCACAGUUGGGAGGUGCCCAAAGACCCUCCAGAGGAAGGUGCCCAGAAAGCAUCCCAAUCAGAUUCCUAAAUCACCUCAGCGGACUCCUUUCAACAGGAAGAAGCAGCAAAUCUAUUUCAUGCUCCUUCCAGAUGUCUGAGCUCCUCACCCUGAGAUCAUCCACCAUACAGAGGAAACUAAUUUUGGCCACUUGCAUCCACAAUCUCAUUCUUUCAAUCAUUACUCAGAGCUCAUGUCCAUAGGUGAGGGUUGGAACAAAGAUCAACUGGUAAAUUGAGAGCUCUUCACCACAACAGUCAAGUGUAGCAUCUGCAUUACUGCAGACACUGCACCAAUGCCCUUGCUUAGAGCAGUAACUCACCCUCAACCCAGAGGGAGCAGUCCACUGGUUUCUGGCAGACAAGCAUAGCUUCAGUCUUGAAGAUGCUGACUCUCACACUUGGCUGAAAAUCAUCACAGUGCAUGCUGAAGGUCACGGCUUGAUCAAGCCAAUAGAACCGCAUCAUUGGCAAAAAUAGAGACAUAAAUCUGUGGUCUCCAAACCAGACACUCUCCUUAACCCAGCUGUGGCUUGAGAUCUUGUCCAGGAAUAUCAGAAACGGGAUCAGAGACAAGGGACAAGCCUGGUGAAGUCCCACCCAUCAGGCCUACCAGUCAUUCAUUUCAAUCUUCCCAUUUCCUUUGCAGACUUGUAGGCCUGUCAAGCCCUUUGAGAUGGCAGUAGCUUACAUGUCCAGGGAAAGAAUGACACGUUUGAAAUGCAGCUCGAGGCAAUUGCGACAUACCCUUUGUCCUACUACUCCAUAUUAGUGUGAAUAGGCUUCUAAGUUGGAACAUUUCACUGUUUUGGUCUUUUUAUUAGAUUUUCUGAUACAAAGAAAAUUAGUGAAUAUCACCUGACUAAUAUUUUAGGACCAACCACGAGUAAAUAUUUAGGUAGCCUAAAUAAUGCAAACAUUUGGCUAUAGUAGCCCUCAUGACUACUCUAGUUAAUGCAUUUUUGUAAAUAAGUUUUUGUUAACUUUGGAGGUACUUUGGCUUCUUUUGAGCCUUGAAUUGUGUGUCAUGUCUGUUUAAAUAUGGCUGACAAAUGACUACUGACUUAACCUUCAGUUAAAAGGACUCAUCUUCGGAGCAGUCUUUCUGAUUGAAGUUAUUUCCAUCCUUUCCCCCUGUGUGUUUAUGUCAUUUUCUGUAUUUACUCAGUCCAUGUUUUUAGCCAACUGUGCAAUUGAUUUAUCCAGACAUUGUGCAACCCUCUGAAGUGGCCACAAUCACUUCAGUUAGAAGAUGAAUGAAAGGCUCCUCGUAGUUUUCUGAAGAUGUGUUCAAUUGCUCAAGGUCAGCGAAUGUGAUGGAGGAACAUUUCGAGGGGAGGAUUUUGUCCAUGUAACCCCGGAGAGACAUAUUUGCAGUGACUAAUGCGUGUACUGAGGAAGACUUGAUAGGGGCCUGAGGUGUGGGGGAAGGAAAGGGUGAGGAAGAGAGAGAGAGACAGACAGGGAGGAGGCUGCUCUCAUCAAAGGAGCUCUCAAGCUCUACAAGUUAAUGAGGGACGUAGCCGAGACCCUGAAGCCCUCAGACCCUGACAGCUACACAGACGGACGGACGGACGGACGGGCAGACAGACCAAGUGACAGGAGAAGCUUGAGGACAAAAUACUAAUCCAAGUCUGAAAUGACGUGGCGUGAGGAGCUCCGUAGUCGGCAGUUCUGGCGUGCCAUGAUGGCAGAGCUGCUCGGCACCCUGGUGUUAGUGAGCGCUGUGCUGGGUGCCUCGGUGCCAGGCCCUGGAGAGGCCCCCGGGGGACCCCUGUACCCAGCCGUGGCAGUAGGUGUGGCGAUUGUCGCAAUGGCACACUGUUUUGGGGAAAUAAGCGGAGCUCAGGUGAACCCUGCUUUGACUCUGUCUUUCAUGACCACACGGAGGCUGGAUGUUCUCCGGGGCCUCGUUUAUAUCACUGCCCAAUGUUUAGGGGCCUCUUUAGGAGCCGGGGCCCUUUAUUUGGCUCUGCCAGUCAAAACCACUGCAGACCAUUUUGUCAACAAGGUGCCCAUAGAGUUAAAUGCAGCUCAGGCUCUCGGUAUCGAGGUUCUGUGCACCUUCCAGAUGGUCUUUACUGUCUUCUCAGUGGAGGACCAGCGGCGGAGGGAGAGUCCAGAACCAGGAAACCUGGCCAUUGGAUUAGCACAUAGUGCUGGAGUGCUCAUAGGGGCUCGGUUCUCUGGUGCGAGUAUGAAUCCUGCACGAUCUCUGGGUCCAGCCAUCAUCACUGGCUUCUGGGAAAACCACUGGGUUUAUUGGAUCGGACCGGUGCUCGGUGCUGUGCUGGCCGGAGUGUCCCACGAAUUCUUCUUUGCACGCAGCGCCUCUCGUCAGAAGCUGGUGGCCUGUUUGACCUGUAAAGACAUUGAAAUCGUAGAGACGACCAGCAUGACGGGAUCGUCUCUGUCCACGGUCACGCAGAACGCACGAGUGAAGCAGGCCAACAAACAGGAGAACAACUGACAUGAAGAGCCACACAGGAACACACACUUUGUACAGCAUCACAGUGAUUUUUAUGAACAUGCACCGUGUUCAGUUCAUCAGGCUUGACUGUAGUGGGGACCAAAGAAAAGGGAGAAGUUGUGUUAAAGGUUCAACUUCUCACACAUGAUAUGCUGUAAUGUAGAAAAUGAGACAGCAAAUAUUGAACAUGAUUCCAUAUAAACAUCAUUCAUCAAUAUAAACAUUAUUCUUUUCAGUUUUAAAGCACCCAAGGAAGAAAUAUUUUCUCAGAUUGAAAGUUGUACCAUGAGAGAGAGAGAAUGUGGAUAUAUAGAGGAAUUAAACAUCUGUCUAUCAGUAGUGAUAAUGGUGGUUUAAACCCUAGUUUGUCCUGUUUGAAAUGUCACAUCGAAUCCCAUAAUACAUCCCAACAUGAUCAAUCUACACAAUUAAUAAAUAGAAAAAAGUAGGAAAACCGUGGACAAUGUAUAUUAGACACUGGACUUGCAUUUGCUACGUAGCUGUUAUAAGGGUUCAUAAGCAAUUCUUUGCUCACAAAAUUGCCAGAUCACUUAAAAGAUGUGGCUAUAUCAGUUCUGUGUUCACAACUUGUGUCUGCUGAAAAAAAUUGUUGCUAUUGCAGGUUUAAGGAACAGCAGCAAAUGGUGUGAAAAGUUGCAUAAGUAGAGAAGAGCAACUCAGUGUCAGUAAUCAGUUAUAAAGCAAUAUCUAAAACUCAGAUUUGCCAUCUUUAGCCACCAAAAGCUCCUGAUCAAGCUUUAUUCGUUAUGAAAUCCCAGUUCCUUUUGUAAAUAGAAGAAUGAGAUGUUUUUUGUUUCAAAAUCAGACGAUCUGGAUUUGAAAUGGUUGAAACUGUUUGGCUUGAUUCAGAGUCCUCAGCUUAGACUUUUGCAUGUUCUGUCUGUGACAAAAAUUUUCCAGAAAUGUCAUAUGUCUGGUUAGGUUGCAUACCACAUGGGUUCAAAAUGAUCUGAACAGCAAGUCACUGAUUCGAUAUAAGGGCAAAAUACCCAAGAAAUAAUCUUUUUUUUUUUUUUUUUUUUUUAAUUUAAAAGAGAGCAAUGGGAAUUUCAAAUGAAAACCAUCUGUUAUGUUUUCAGUGAGAAUCUGUUGAAACACUAAUCACCAACACACCCUUGAGGUUCACAAUGUAAUAAAAAUCCUGGCUAAAAUGAUGUUUUUCUCUCAGAUGUAGAGAGAAAUUAAUGUAGAAAGUGCAUUUUAAACCAACUAGAUGUGACCCUUAAGGUCCCUGUUGUCUGUCAUUAGUGUGUGUAAAGGUGCAUCCAGUAUUGUGAGAUCUAGUAUUCACUUUCACAUUUGCACAUCAUUAUAAUAUGUCACAGAGACUCAUUGAAAUCCUGCUAAAAAACACCCUUAUGUUUCAGUUGCAUCUCUUGUUUGUGAAUGCUUUGAAAUGCUAAAGAGGUCCUCACUCUGCACUGUGGUCUCAAUGAUGCUCUCAAUCAGUCCAGCGUCUGUCUCAUGUCUGUGCCUCCUAUUCACAAUCAAAUGGACCUUCAUACCUCUAAUGGCUCUACAGAAAGAGCACUUUCAGUCGGAAUAAGCUUUGUAAUUUGAAAUGGAUCUAAUGAGCGUACACGUGUGCGUACAUGCUGUUUGGCUGUGUGAGAGACAAUACUUUUUGCUUUCAUGAAACCUUUGAUCAGAUUUGUAUGUUGGUUUAAACUGCCAUUUUUGCUUUGUUUUAAAAUAUACAGUAAUUAGCGUGUAAUUUAUAAGGUCAUCUAAAAUACAAAAAAGUCACACUUUG